GGCAUCGAAUAAUAAUGCAAUACAGGCCUGUCGGAUGCAGUAAACAGCAUAAGACGAUUGUACUAACUGACAAAAAGCCGGCGCGCAAAAGAUCAACAGAAGAGUGAACACAGGAAUAGUUUGAAUGCGCAGUUCACCCGGCAUUUAUCUGCAAUAGCCCCACACCACUGUAAUAGUCCAUGCUUCCGCUACCAAAAAAAGUUCGUCCGCCAAAGGAUGUUUCUGCAGAGCGAUUAUAUGCCGAAACAGAGACGUUAAAGCUGCCGCCACCACCGACUACCGUCAAGCCGCACGAGCAGAAAGAGAUUACUCAUAUUUUAACCCGUCGACAUCGCAGAAAGAAGGCAUUCUCCGUCCUCGGUCCACCAGGAGUGAAAAAGGUUCCUUUGUACUUUAUUGACCGUUGCAAGGAUAUUGUGAGGGAAUUUCGGAAACUUCAUCGCGAUGGCAAAACAAAGCAUUAUUUGGAUACUGCUGCGUUCUAUGACCCAAAAGACAAAGAUACGCUUUAUCAACAGGCCCUGUACCAUAAUCAGUUCAACGAGUACGAUAUCGCUUUGGCAAAAGUCGAACAGUGUCUUAAAGCCAAUGACAAGGAUUAUCGAGCGUUGUUGCUCAAAGCGGAUACAUACUUUCAGAUGUGCGAUUUUGAAAAUGCCCUCAUGUGCUACAAGAAAGGCUUCGGACUGAGAUUUCCUUACAAAAACAUGUUCCUGGAUGGUUACUAUCGGACACUCGCUUUACUGUACAACAUUACAAAUGGAACGUUUCCGGUAUUUUAUGGCGGCAAUAUGCGAGUGUUCUACAGACUAGUUCAGGGCCAAGAACGAGGUGGUGGACAAAAGAUAUUCAAUGAUACGUAUAAACACUACGAUGAACUGUUCCCACUGGAACCGAAUUUAGCCGGACUGCAGGAGGAGAUCAAUAUGUUCCACGUUAAUAAGCCACCGCCACCCGAUCACGUGCACCGGCGCAUUAAAAAAGCAGCCGUCCAGCAGCUGGUCAGCGCCAAGAAGAUCCUCGGUGGAUUCUGGGAUUACAAGCUGGAAGUAGAGAAACACCUUAUUAAAAAAGAAUUCGCCAUCCCGCACACUGGUCCUAAAGAUCGCACGGAGCAUAUUGAGCGAGCACUGCAGUUUCUAAAGCGUCGGAUGGACCGUUUCGAAGUUGUGUGCUCCAUUUUGAAGAACAACGAGCUAAGAAAAUUCGAUAAACGCAUUGACUGGCUGUCGGAAUAUGGGAAAUGGAUGGCCACUGAUAAGGUCCCGUCGUCCAUCCCGCCGGCCAAGACCAGCGGGCUGGCAACGUCGCGGUACCGCUGGGCACUGUCACAGACAUUGUUCGAUAUGCGCAACAAAACGCUGGACGUUUGCUGGGUACGAAGCCUUAAACGAGAGAGACAUUCCCAUCAUCUCUUCUCCAAACGCCGACCAUGGCGAUAUUACUUGGGAUAUCGUUCCGCAAAGGAGGGCGCCCUGGCUGCCAUACGGAACCGUGGAGGCGACUGGAACUUUAUGCAGAAUCUGUACGACAAUGUUCUAAAGAAUGUGGAAACCCAUGCCCCUGCGGACGGACGGUUGCCCCCGCCUAAACAUAUCCGAGACAUCGGUGACCAAAUCGAUGAGUAUGAGAAAAAACGGAAAGUUGCUGUUCUAGCGCCUCAAUUAGUAAUGCCGGUGUCAAAGAGCGAACAAAAGGACAAAUUGUACUAUGAUCCCGAACACGAUGUUGACAAAUGGGACAAUAACCGAGACAUGUUGCGGCAGUCAAUAUUGAAACGAGAAGACCGCCCCGGAUUUAUACCCACGCCGGAUCCGAACGCCAUUGAUGCCAGACCAAUUCCGGCGAAUCUAUUGGAGGUUUUUGAAACGAGAGUGCAUGAUGAACCGGAUGCAUGGGACCGGCGGCGAAAAUUGUCCCGUGACCUUAGAGAGAGUUUGGCGAAAGCUGAAGCGGCCAGAGCGGUACAAGCACACGUCGCUGAUAAGCGGCCCAUGUUUGCAGUGCAGGCCACCGCCCCAGAAGAUGGAAAAGGAAAAGGGAAAGAUGACAAGAACGAGCAUGAGGCCGAUUCUCUAGAGGAUAUGACCAGCAAAAGUCAAGUCUCCAUGGAACCAGCUGAUCAAUCACCGGCUGAGGCGCCGGCAGAGGCAGUUGACGACGAGGAGAUGGAAGAACAAGCGCCUAAAAAAGAGCCUAAAGUUAGACGGCCUGGCCCGAGGCACAAGUACGACAUCCUGGACAAGAAGUCGGAAGUGGAUUACUUGUUCAAACCACGAAUAAAACGCCGCAGUGAAAAGACGAUCGAUAAGCAGGCUUCAGCCAUCAGCGAGAUCCUUAUCGACGAGGACGCUGAACGAGCAGCGGCGCAGCAAGAAGCCGAGCGCAUGCUAGCGGCCAGAGCGGAAGAUCCUUUCGAAAUAUCGCGACGUCAGUUCGAUAACCAGAAAGCGCUGUAUUUGGAAAAGGCCUACAAUGCGUUAAUGUCCUGCACAAAGCCGAAUGAAUUUGCCGAGCUGGAAGUGGAGAUUGCGGAACUGAUGGAUGCGGAAUUCCCACCCAAAACGAUGAGAUAUCCAAAUGGUGAGCCGAUUACACUGAAAGGUUACCCUCCGCCAGCUCCUAUGACAAAACCGCCCAUAAGCGAAUACUUCGCUAACCGUAACAAGCCUAAACCAAAGAAAAAAGGAGGUGCUGCUGCUGCGGAAAAAGAUCGAAAGGAGUCUGCUAAAGCGGUUGAUCUGGGAGAAUAGCCUAGUCAUCACUAGCGUUGCAUUACUAGUACUGUGUAAAACUAAUACGAGCAGUGUGGUUAUACCAAUAGUACAAAGAAAAUAGUAUUAUGGAUGGUUCACGGUUUUGUUACUUGUAAGAGUACUGCAAUGUUUUAGUUUUUAUCGCCCAUGUUUUAAUUUUGAAGUGCAUUUCUUAUGUAAGUGGUAUGUGCCACUUUGUUAUAAGCAGCAACGUUCUGCACAUUUGCUGU